AUGUACGACAAGGUAGUAUCGCUAGGCUCGCGCCUGCACUACCCAAUAACAAUCACGAAACUCGUCAAAUCGCCCGGCGACACAAUUAAAAAGCAGGAAAACAUUAUUGAAUACAAGUUUUCAUGGCGCCGCAGGGUUGGCGAUGACAACUGGGUCGACGAGACUACCUACACCGAGUAUGAUAGUCCGGCCGAGGGCAAGCUCAAAGAAUGGCGCAUCAAAGAAGGCCAGGUCAUCGCUGCCGACAUGCCUUGUAUGACGGUCGAAGAAGCUUGCGGUCACGAGGUGCAAAUACAAGGGCUGUGCAGUCUCUGCGGCGCUGACAUGACCGAGACCAACUGGGCGUCGGAACAGCGCGAUUCCGAGCGAGCUAUGAUCAACAUGACACAUGACCAGACAGGCCUAAUGGUCAGCGAAAACGUCGCUCAAAAAGCCGAACACGACACGCAGAAGCGCCUGCUCCGACACCGCAAGCUCAGCCUCGUUGUUGAUUUGGACCAGACCAUCAUCCACGCCUGUAUAGAACCAACAGUCGGCGAAUGGCAGCGAGACCCGUCAAAUCCCAACCAUAGCGCUGUCAAAGAUGUCCGAAGCUUUCAGCUCAACGAUGACGGCCCUCGUGGCCUGGCCUCAGGUUGCACUUACUACAUUAAGCUACGACCAGGUCUGAGCGAAUUCCUGGAGGAAAUAUCCAAGAUGUACGAACUCCAUGUUUACACAAUGGGCACUCGUGCCUAUGCUCUCAAUAUUGCCAAAAUCGUGGACCCGGACCGGAAGUUGUUUGGCAACCGUGUUAUAAGUCGAGACGAAAACGGCAGCAUCACAUCCAAAAGCUUGGCUCGGCUCUUCCCUGUCAGUACAGACAUGGUCGUUAUUAUCGAUGAUCGAGCCGAUGUCUGGCCUAUGAACAGGCCGAACCUCAUCAAGGUUGUGCCAUACGACUUUUUCAAAGGCAUUGGCGAUAUCAAUGGCAGCUUCCUGCCCAAGCGCCAAGACAUCGUGCCUGCUCCAGCCAAGUCCAAUGGCACCACUGCGAAAGCACUAGCCCAAGCUCCGAAUAAAAAAUCGUCAGAGGAUCCUACUCCCUCGAAAGAGGACUCUAGUCUCGAGGACCAGGCUGCCGAGCAAGAAAAAUCAUUGGAAAAGCAGCUGACGGACAGGCCGUUGUUGCAUAUGCAAGAAGAACUGGACAAGGAAGAUGAGAAGACGGCUCAAGAAGCGGAGGGCACAGAUGCCGGCAUACCGCCUCAGCGACAUAAUGUUCUCAGCGACAACGAUGAGGAGCUGGUCGCUUUACAAGACCAUCUCACAGACAUCCAUACAUCCUUCUACGAAACAUAUGACCGCAGACGAGCAGAACGUCAGCAAUCUCAACCGACUCGCCCUCCCAGUCAUAGUAGUGCGCAUCGCAGACCUUCUGUAGAUGAUGGCGUGGAUUUGUCCAUGGUACCAGAUGUGGGCGACAUCUUGGAUGAGAUCAAGUCAAACGUGCUUUCCGGUCUGGUCAUUGUACUGUCUGGGCUCGUACCACUUGGUGUUCCAGUUGAGGAGUCUGAAAUAGGAAUGCAGGCUCAAAGCUUUGGCGCCCAGGUACUUAACGUGAUAUCGAAACGCGUCACGCAUCUGGUCGUAUCCACGUCGACUCCACGUACAAACAAGGUCCAGCAGGCUGCAAAGAUACCCAGCAUCAAGAUUGUGAAUCAGAAUUGGCUCAUAGACUGCCUCAGUCAAUGGCGACGCCUAGACGAAAGGCCCUACUUUCUUGCCAUCUUGGACGCUGAUCGCGAAAGGUCCGACGACAUAUCAGAGCCAGCUUCCGAGGCUGAAGAUGCCGAUGCAGAAGCCAAGGACCUCAAAGAUUUUGACUGGGAUAUGGCGGACAAGGAUUUGCAAGAUUUUCUGGACGAUGAUGAGGAGGACGACUCUGAAGGAGACGACGGCAACGACGGCGAUGAGUCGCACAAUGAGAGUGGUUCGAUAUCCGAGAACGAGAGCGAUGCUUUGGAGAGCCCACAGAAAAAGGGGUUCAAGCGCAAAGCUGGCGACGUCAAAGCCGACGACGGCGACUCGGAUACGGACGGGAGUGUCGCAGGCGAGAGCGUUCUAGCCAAGAAGCAACGUCUUUCUCGCAGUCGCGGCACAUCAGCUUUGCGAUCUGUACAGUCGUCCAACGAGAACUUGGAUGGACCCGACGAGGGCGAGAAUGGAGCUGUGGCGAGACCCAACGGCCAAGAUGAGGAGACAACUGCAGAUGAAGAGCUCGGCUUUGAUGAAGAAGAUUUGGAGAGGGAUUUGCUGGCUGAAUUGGAAGCGGCUGGAGAUUGA